AACUGGAAAGUCCUCCGCCCCCUUCCCCAUAUAAUAUCAAAUGAAAGCAGUUCCGUAUUCUGUGGCGCUACUACAACCAUCACUUUCAACAGCCCAAAUUCGUUCAAGCCUGAUUGUAAAAAUCAAUGCGCACCAUCAUCAUGGACCCAUGAUGUGUAGAAGGUCUUACUUAAGGGCAUGUUUAAUUUUCCAUGAUGUCAUGAAGGAAGAGAAGGCCUGGGGCCCUUCAGCAGAAUACUGCAGUUGAGCCACAGAGUGACUGAAGCUGCAUUCCACUUCAUCCUUACACCGUCUGUUUUCCUUCAUCCAUCCUUUGGUAACUUGACAAUGACAUCACAUAGGAAACACCUUGUGAGGGACUUCAACUUUUUCAUCACCUGUUAUAUUUGUAAAGGGUACUUGAUUAAGCCCACCACUGUGACAGAGUGCCUGCACACCUUUUGUAAAAGCUGUAUAGUCCAGCAUUUUGAGGACAGCAAUGAUUGCCCAAAAUGUGGUAUCCAGGUUCAUGAAACAAAUCCCUUGGAGAUGUUAAGGCUGGACAACACUCUAGAAGAAGUAAUUUUCAAACUUGUGCCUGGUCUUAGAAAAAAGGAACAGCUGCAAGAGAUUGAAUUCUGGAGAAGAAACAAAUCGAAAGAAAGUCCUGAUGAGGAUGGGCCUAUAUGUAAGAAGGCCAGAUUGGAUGAAGAUGAUGAUGUUAGAUGUGAUAGAGACUACCACAGGAGUGAUCCGCAGAUAGCCAUCUGUCUAGACUGCUUGCGUAACAAUGGACAGAUGGGAGAGAACAUUGUUAAGGGCUUAAUGAAAAAAUUUAUUCGCUGCUCAACAAGAGUGACUGUUGGAACAAUCAAGAAGUUUUUAAGUCUGAAGUUAAAGCUUCCCAGUUCUUAUGAGCUAGAUGUUCUAUGCAAUGGUGAGAUCAUGGGUAAAGACCACACCAUGGAAUUUAUCUACAUGACCCGCUGGAGGCUUCGGGGAGAAAAUGCCUACCCAAUGGUACUUGAAUAUCGACCCCGCAUUGACUUUGGCUAGGUUGAAAUGUCCUGCACUAAUUUCAGUCUAUCAACAGACAGCGAAUUGAAUGGACAUGUGCAGUUCUGAAGAUAUACUCUACCUGUCUCUUCUGUUUAAUUACUUUGGCUCACUUUAUAGGGAUCAGUUAGUGCAUAGAAACUUGUGACACUUAUUGUGUGCAACAGAGAUUUGUGUGUUGUGGUUCAUUUCCCUAAGUGACACAAAAGUCAUGUUUAUGGGCCUUUACCAAUUUGCAUAUGAUGGUAUCUCCUUUUAAAAAAAAGUCACAAUAUAAAAGUAUAUGCGGCAGUGCCUUUUCCCAUACAUCAUCUUAUAAAGAGCUGUGGACAGAUGUUUUGUAAAAAAGAAAGAAAAAGAGGUGUUUUUGAAGAUUUUUUCCUUUUGUGUUCUACAGAAAGAACAAAGUCAUACAGGUUUUGAAAAACACGAGUGUGAGUAAAUGAUGACAGAAUGUUCAUAUUUAGUGGUUUAAUAUUAUAAGUCUCCUGAUUUUUAAAGUGUUAACAUCCUCCUAGAGUUUUGAACUGGUCUGUUUUUGAUUUUGCCCACUUAAGGGAUUUUAUUUAUUAUAGGCCAUACCUCUGUGCUCACACAAAUGCCUUUUUUUUUAGGGUUUUGGGACAUCUCUGCCUCAUUUUUUUUUUUUUUUUUAUUAAAUGUGAAAUUAACUUAGCUAAACAUGUUAAGUAGAGGUUUUACAAUGUCUGGCAUCCUAAUUGAGAAAAGAGUUGAGACUUACUGUCAUUUGUCAUUAUUUUGGCUUAUGGUUGACAGGCAAUGAGUUAAAAACUUUCUCACAAUUUGUAGUAGUCUACCCCCCCCCACCCUAAUUAUAGAAACGUGUAUAAUGUGUAUAAUUGCUAUUUUGAAUAUUGAUCCAUGCCUGUCUGUUUUAUGUCACAAUACAAUUUUAUGUCGGUAAAUCCUACAUUAAAAAAAUACAAAGUAAAGGAAGUAGUUUAAUUAAAGCAUUUACUUGAUCACAUACACAGGCUUCAUUACAGUGUAUUAGUCUAGUUGUAUUACACAAAAGACACUAUACAUCAUGACCACAUGGGAUACAUGCUAAAAACUUUUUGUCUUACCUACAGCUACACUUACAAACAGAGGCAAUGUGGCAAAACUAAACUUGAAUAUCUGUGCAAAUUAGCAUACCUAAUUUCUCAAACACAAUUCAGAAUGUUUUCCCCCCAGUUUUUUUGUCUUAUUUAUGUCUUCACAAAUCUCCCAAAAAUGUAAUUAUGUAGAAUCACAUGAAUUCUGUUUGGAAGAAAUCUUAAGCAACAAUCAAGUUCCUUAAAAAAAGAAAAAGAGAAGAAAAAGCAAAUAUUAUUUUACUAUUGUUUUCACUUUAAAGAAGUGAAAACGAAAAGAAGUGACUUUGAAGUAUAAAAUAAUAUGUUUAAGUGGAAGCCGAAUAAUAUGUGUUUAUAAUAGGCUCUUGAAUGUCUUUGUGCUGCAAUGAUCAAUAUGUAUUUUUAUAGAGAGCCCUUGUAGAUAUUAAAACAAUGGAAAUGUAUGUUAUAUGUUUAACAAACAUCAAAUGCUGCUUAGAAUAAUCUAUUCUAUUAUUCAGUGUAAAGUCCCUUAGGUGAUUCCUAGAGAGAUUAGAAAUGUGACAGUUAUUGUAUUUCUGUGUCUUUGUUCAGAAGAAAAAUACACUCAUGAUUAUUGAUGUUGUUGGGUGUGUGAUUUUUGAUUUCAUACUUAUGUUUUGGCAAUUAAAACUGAUAAUAUGACAAAACACAUCGAUUAUUAUAUUGCAUGUGUUCAAUUCUUUCUCCUUCCUGAAAAUUGUCUCAUUGUACUGUGGUGGGUGCGGCAGCACAGCCUCAUAUUUUCUCUGUGAUUUCAUCUAAGGUUCAUCUGCCAAGGAUGGAAUUUCUCUAUACAGACAGAUUAAGUGAUUCGAUUUUCAUUAUUCUCUCUCUCUUUCUCUCUCUCUCUCUCUCUCUCUCUCUCACACACACACACACACACACACACACACGCACACACACACACACACGCACACUUGUAUCUAUGGUUUAUUGGGGACUCCCCAUACGAAUAACUCUAUUUUCUAUCCUCUAACACUAACCCUACCCCUCACACUGACAUUUUCUGAAUUAAAAACAAAAAACAUGAUGUUUUUUAAGACAUUUGGUUUACAAUGGUAAACUUUGGUAAACCAUGUUUAAUAUUGUACAUUUUGUCCUCAUAAACCAUGUAUCAACUGCAUGCACACAUUUUAUUUAGAAGGUUUUUGAGGGAAUGUGUUUGUGUGUCCAUCACUCUUCACUCUCUCAAAUUUAAAUGUCAUAGUCAUAGAGCAUACACAAAGGUCCACCAGACUCUGGCUUAGCUUUGCUUUCUGGGAGUUAAUACUCUGGAAGAUGCACCUUUCUGCAGAGAGACAAUGUCUGGGCUCUGCACUCAAGAAACUGGAUUUUUACCACUUUCUCCAACAGGUCAGUGACAACACUUCUGGAUUUACACUCUGUGCUAUAGCCAGCCAUUCAGUUUUUCCAAAAGCACUCUCUUCUGUCUAGGAAAGUGUAUGUCUCUUCACCUGUGCCAAAUGCGUUCUACAUCUGCACAAUGGAGGAUUAUUACUCUUCUUGUAAUAACCUAGAACACUGUCUAAGACUUGAUGGUUGCUCUGUCAAUUCUUCGUCAUCAGUUAGGAACCUAGGUGUGCUACUUGAUCACAAUCUUUCCUUAGAAAGCCACGUUUCUAGCAUUUGUAAAACUGCAUUUUUCCAUCUCAAAAAUAUAUCUAAAUUACGGCCUAUGCUUUCAAUGUCAAAUGCAGAAAUGUUAAUCCAUGCAUUUACGACUUCAAGGUUAGACUAUUGUAAUGCUUUAUUGGGUGGUUGUUCUGCACGCUUAGUAAACAAAGUCCAAAAUGCAGCAGCAAGAGUUCUUACUAGAACCAGGAAGUAUGACCAUAUUAGCCCGGUCCUGUCCACACUGCACUGGCUCCCUAUCAAACAUCGUAUAGAUUUUAAAAUAUUGCUUAUUACUUAUAAAGCCCUGAAUGGUUUAGCACCUCAGUAUUUGAAUGAGCUCCUUUUACAUUAUACUCCUCUACGUCCGCUACGUUCUUAAAACUCAGGCAAUUUGAUAAUACCUAGAAUAUCAAAAUCAACUGUGGGCGGCAGGUCCUUUUCCUAUUUGGCGCCUAAACUCUGUAAUAACCUACCUAACAUUGUUCGGGAGGCAGACACACUCUUGCAGUUUAAAUCUAGAUUAAAGACCCAUCUCUUUAACCUGGCAUACACAUAACAUACUAAUAUGCUUUUAAUAUCCAAAUCCGUUAAAGGAUUUUUAGGCUGCAUUAAUUAGGUAAACCGGAACCGGAAACACUUCACAUAACACCCGAUGUACUUGCUACAUCAUUAGAAGAAUGGCAUCUACGCUAAUAUUUGUCUGUUUCUCUCUUGUUCCGAGGUCACCGUGGCCACCAGAUCCAGUCUGUAUCCAGAUCAGAGGGUCACUGCAGUCGCCCGGAUCCAGUACGUAUACAGACCAGAUGGUGGAUCAGCACCUAGAAAAGACCUCUACAUCCCUGAAACACAGCGGAGACCAGGACAACUAGAGCCCCAGAUACAGAUCCCCUGUAAAGACCUUGUCUCAGAGGAGCACCAGGACAAGACCACAGGAAACAGAUGAUUCUUCUGCACAAUCUGACUUUGCUGCAGCCUGGAAUUGAACUACUGGUUUCGUCUGGUCAGAGGAGAACUGGCCCCCGAACUGAGCCUGGUUUCUCCCAAGGUUUUUUUCUCCAUUCUGUCACCGAUGGAGUUUCGGUUCCUUGCCGCUGUCGCCUCUGGCUUGCUUAGUUGGGGUCACUUCAUCUACAGCUAAAUCAUUGACUUGAUUGCAAAUAAAUGCACAGACACUAUUUAAACUGAACAGAGAUGACAUACCUGAAUUCAAUGAUGAACUGCCUUUAACUAUCAUUUUGCAUUAUUGAGACACUGUUUUCCAAAUGAAUGUUGUUCAGUGCUUUGACGCAAUGUAUUUUGUUUAAAGCACUAUAUAAAUAAAGGUGAUUGAUUGAUUGAUUGAUUGGAAACUUUGCGUACCUUUCUCUCUUUUUCGAGAACCGGGCUUAAAUUAUGAAUGUGAAGAUGGGAAAUGCAAAAAUUUUGUGGUGACUGGGGCUUUUAUCUCGGUUUUUUUUUUUUUUUUUUUUUUUUUUUUUUUAGAAAAUAAGA